AGUAUGAACUGUUUGCCUCUGAUCCCUCAAAAUGAAGAUCACGAAGUCCUCCCCCUUAUCCAUGAAAUUUUCCAACACACUCUUUGUGCCAGUAAAUACCCCCGAAAUGUUGCCGAAAACUACCGAAAAUACAAAGUCGGGGGCGAUUUUACCGACCAGAAAAACACGGCUUUGGCCACAGUCAAAGUCUUCGAGGCUCUUGAGCCGCGCUUGAGCGACAUUUCCGACGUGGAAGAGGAGCUGAUGCGCAACCACGCGCUCGCUUUGGUGCAAAAAGAACAAAAUUUGCCACUCAUCGAACACUUGCGCCUCAAGAGAUUCGACUUCUUCCAAAAACUAUCAGACAAUGCUGUCAAGACUUACGAGCUAAUUCAGCGAAGCGAUCUGUACCCGAACAAAAUUGAACAGUACUUAGAUUUCACCUACAAUCCUGGCUUGCACACGUGCGACCCUUGCAUUGGUGAAAAAUCAAACGAAAUAAAAACCACCAUAAAAAAGAAACCACGGAAAUGUGAGCGAAGCGAACCCGACGUGACCCCACCUUUCCAGGCAGCGCCCCACCAAAUAAUUUUCUGGAACUACGAGCUCGGUCAAGUCUACAGGCAAAAAUUCAAAAUUAUUAACACGACGCGAUCGCCGCAAAAUUUCAACUACUAUCUGUUCCCGAAAGACAGUCCGUUUCGCCUUAAAUUGUUAACGGACUCGCAACGAGUGGCCCCAGGCAUGUCGGCUGAAUUUCUCGUCGAAUUUCGCCCCCAAACUUUCCAAAACUGCACCGAGUUUGUCAAAUUUCGCACGAUCAAGGGCGCCGAUCUCAGCGUGCUUGUGUCAAGCGCGCGGGAUUCCCCCAAACUCGCGUGCUACAUUUUCAACCCUUUCCUGCCCUGGUACGCCGUCCGGAAGCCGGGGCCCGGCAGCAAGUAUUUUUCAGAGCGGAGGCGCACGGCGCUCAAUUUCACGAUCGACUGCGGUACGUGUCUCUUGGGGAACCACUCGUUGGUCACCCUGAUAAUGAAAAAUGACGGCGUCAGAGGGCGCUUUCUGGUCACGACUGAAAACGAGUGGGUUUUCAGCGAACUCAAUGUCCGUGCUUGUGAGAUUUCGCACGGUUGUUUCACCAUUUUCCCGGCUUUUUUCGAAAUCGACAGCGGCGAGAUUGGGCAAAUUGCCGUCGCUUUCGUGCCCGACAAAGUCGGGGUUUUCACCGAAAAAUUCGUCAUCAUCUGUGACAACAACUCGCAUUUGGAAAUUGAGAUCCUGGGCGACUGUAUUUUGUACUCGGACAAGUUUCUCAAAGUCAACAUGUAUUUGCUGGAACACACUUUUUCGUACAGUAAUCGGCUACUUUCUAUAAAUUUAGCGCCUCGGCAGACUUCAAGUGUCAUUUUUUCGAUUCUGAAUAACAGUCCGGUUUAUUUUAAUUAUUACUGGUUGUUAAAAACUUCAACUGACGAAAAGUACGCUGGGAAAAAAAUGGACCCUGAAUGGAUACGAAUUUUGUACGGCACUCGAUUUCUUCCAACUUUUAGCACAACCGACGUUAUUGUACAGUUAACAGCGGACACGGAAGAAGAGGGUUUUUAUUACAUUUUUUUAAGUUUUUAUUUAAAAAAUAUCCCGCUGGUAAGUCUGGAAGCCUAUGACACUAAAACACAUGUAAUAAACAACUACAAAUGUGACUCUUCUUGCACUAUUGAGCAAGACAAUGGUGAGAAUUUAUUCACCGAUUCGCAAUUAGGAGACGUCCACGUCUUUGAACUAGAAAUAAACUGCACGGUUAAACAACCAGAACCCGUCAAACUUGCUACGGUUAACGUCAGUUUGGACAUCCCGACCCAAGGAGUGUCCCCACCUGUUUCCUUGCGCCUAUCAAAAAGAGUCCUCAAUUUUGGCAUAGUCCCGAAAGGAGUCUCGGUUUCUCAAAGCAUAAGUGUUGAAAAUUUGACUGACGAUGAGAUCGAGUGGACAAUAAUGGAAAUCCAUUGCACCGACAAGUCGUACCUUUGCGUCUCGUCCACAGCCGGCGAUUUGGACCACUACAGUGGCACGUUGAAGGGGAAACAAAAAAAGAAACUUCACUAUACGAUCGAAGCCAAAGACGCCAAACGCUGGGUUUCAAUUUUAAUCCUUUUCGCGUGCCCUUCGUGCACUUGCCAGAAGUACACCCUCGAAUACAUCUGUAUAGUCGCGUACCAAGUCGCCGAAAUCAAUAUUUCCCUCCGCACAGACACCCAGCUCUCCGUGCUGUGCCCUCGGGAAUUCAUCUACGUCGAAAUCCCCACAAUACACACAAUCUACGUCCACAAUUCGGGCCUGGUGGUGGGCUGCUUCUACUUCCUCAACCCCGUGGGGGCCGACGCAGACAAGCUGCGGCUCCGAUUCCGCCCCCAGUCGGGGGUGGUCCAGCCAGGGGCCGCGGUCGAGGUCAGAGUCGAGCUGACCGCCCUCAAGGAGGGCCUCCUGGACCGCGUCCACGUCCCCUGCUUCGUCGGAGAUCCUGAGCGACUCAUUGCCUUACGAGUUCUCUGCUCAGUGGCCACGAUCAACGUGCAUUUCUACCUCCCGGACGGGGACCGCGGGUACAGGAGGUACAUCUGGCCGCCGAAGAGCGAAAUGCCGGCGUGGGACCACAGCAUGGGCAGUCGAGGGGAGGGCGGGUUUCGGGGCGAUAAGGGGGAAAGUGUGUCGGAUGGCGAAGGGGGUGACUUAGGCGAUAGUCUUUUGUCUUUGAUUGGGGGGGAUUCAGUCGCUGGGACUUACCCGACGAUCAAGAGGAGGCAUGUGGGGGUCAGGGAAGCUACAAGAGUGUCUUUCUACUUUGAGAAUUUAACGCCGAUUAAGGGGCGUUUUGCGGUUGAGGCUGCGAAUUACGGGCCUGCGAGCGAGUGUUUCAGUCAUGUUCUGGUUAAAGCCAGAACUAGGACCAGGGAAUUUUUUUGGGAGAGAGCUUGCUUGGACGGUUACGGCAUCGUAAUCGAGCCUGUUUACCGCUCCGGCGACAUAAUCCCCUACGAGGUGGUCGAGAUCGACCUCUGGAUCUACGCCAACACUUGGGGGAAGUACCUCGAGGAGAUAAUCGUGGAAAUUGGCGACUUGACGCCGUUUUGCUUCAAUUUAAUGGUCGAGGUUGUGGGACCGCCGAUUGAGUAUCCCUUUGCCCGCAACACAACGCUGCCGUGUCCCACUCUUCGUUUUGAAAACAUCGCGUAUGCGACUGAAAGCACCACAACUUGUUUCACUGUCACCAACAUCAGUGCAGUUCCGAUUCAAAUCAGUUGGCACACGUACUACGACAAUGAACAUAAGCCAGUGUCAGCCCCUGUGAAUUUUCUUCUCGAGUUUAAUGACGAUGAGGUUCAGUUUGUAAUGUCCCGGGAUUACUACGGGUGUGAAGCUUGUAGUAAAUGCAUUAUGAUAGAACCCUGGGAUUUAGUUUUGGAGGCGCAAGAAACUGCCACAGUUAGUGUGACAAUAAGUGCGUCCGGUUUUAAUCCAAGCUGUGAUAAAACGAAGCUCAAGUACACAUUGUUGGGAUUUAUUGGUCUGAGAAACAGCGAUAAGUUUAAGGAGAACUACUUUAAAAGAUUAUCAGGAGUGGACCUCACUCCAACUAAAGUGGAAGUGUUAGUCACGAUGGAGUUGCCGAUUAUGCAAGUCGAUAUUGCAAGUGAUGAAACCACUAUUGAUAUCUUCGUUAAUGAUUUGCUCCUCAAAAAUCAUAAAAUACCGACGGUUUAUCUUCUUUUGAGAAAUAUUGAUAUGAGUUCGAUCAUUUUUUCCAUCGAGAUUGAGAAACCGUUCAAAAUUGUUGAAGCGCGAACUAUUCCCGGGGGAAUCACUGAUCAAAAAAACUUGAUUCUCGAGAGACACGAAUGUUUACAGGUUGCGGUAACUUGUCGCCUCACAAGCCAAGACUUGUUCGACUAUUCUGAAUUUAUCUACAAGUCGGAAGACAACAGCACAGUCGAGAACUACACGAGUGUGAUCUCCAAAGACUUGAACGUUUUCCAAAAGGGGGCAAAGCGCCAGAUGAUUCCGUUUCAAGUCCGCCUCCACUACCCCCACAUCGAGGUAAAGCCCCCUUUUAUCAGAUUCGGCGAGUGUCUCCUAUUUCGCACCAAGAAAAGCAUGAUUUCGAUUUACAACAUGACAGGAGCUUUAACAAGUUUCGAAAUUCUCAAAACAACCGAACAUGACGACUUUGAGGUCCACCCAAGUUGUGCCCAUCUUGAGGCAAACACUGGAGUUAAUAAGCAGUUUGUGGACGUCGCCGUGUAUUUCACUCCCAGACAUUGCAAAACGUACAACGCAAAUUUGCGGAUUGUUACCAACAUUCCUCAAUAUUUUAUUGAUGUACCCGUGACUGGUCACGGCUCAAAUAACGAGAAAUUCAACAUGGAUUAAUUUAUUUUUUCACAAAUUUUGCAAUAAAAAAACCGACAGAGUC